AGGCGGAGGCUGGGCGGGGUGGGAAUGGGGCUCCCGCGGCAGGCCAGGGGGGCAGCGCAGGAGGCGGCGGUUGUGGCGGAAGCGUGAGUGCGAGGAGGCGGCGGCUGCAGCGGAGCGGACGGUCGCUCGGCGGCAGGCACUGGUGUAAUGGAUAGGUAACAGGAGACCGCUUCCUUCCUCGUCAGGGCGUCAGCAUGACCGAGUGCUUCCUGCCCCCCACCAGCAGCCCUAGUGAACACCGCAGGGCAGAGCAUGGCAGCGGGCUGACCCGGACCCCUAGCUCAGAGGAGAUCAGCCCUACAAAGUUUCCUGGAUUGUACCGGACUGGCGAGCCCUCACCUCCCCAUGACGUCCUCCAUGAGCCUCCUGAUGCAGUGUCGGACGAUGAGAGAGACCAUGGGAAGAAGAAAGGGAAAUUUAAGAAGAAGGAGAAAAGAACUGAAGGCUAUGCUGCCUUCCAGGAAGACAGCUCUGGAGAUGAAGCUGAAAGCCCUUCCAAGGUGAAGAGGUCCAAGGGAAUCCACGUGUUCAAAAAGCCCAGCUUCUCUAAAAAGAAGGAAAAGGAUUUUAAAAUCAAAGAAAAGCCCAAAGAAGAAAAGCAUAAAGAGGAAAAGCACAAAGAGGAAAAGCAUAAAGAAAAGAAAUCUAAAGACUUGACAGCAGCCGAUGUCGUUAAACAGUGGAAGGAAAAGAAGAAAAAGAAGAAGCCAGCUCAGGAGCCAGAGGUGCCUCAGGUGGACGCCCCGAGCCUCAAGCCCAUUUUUGGCGUUCCCUUGGCCGACGCAGUAGAGAGGACCAUGAUGUACGACGGCGUGCGGCUGCCAGCUGUUUUCCGCGAGUGUGUGGACUACAUGGAGAAGCAUGGCAUGAAGUGUGAGGGCAUCUACCGCGUGUCAGGAAUCAAAUCAAAGGUAGAUGAGCUAAAAGCAGCCUAUGACCGAGAGGAGUCUCCGAACUUGGAAGAACAUGAGCCUAACACUGUGGCCAGCCUGCUGAAGCAGUAUCUGCGAGACCUGCCGGAGAAUUUGCUUACCAAAGAGCUUAUGCCCCGAUUUGAAGAGGCUUGUGGGAGGACCACAGAGAUGGAGAAAGUGCAGGAGCUCCAACGCUUGCUCAGGGAACUGCCGGAGUGCAACCAUCUUCUGCUUUCCUGGCUCAUUGUGCACAUGGACCACGUCAUUGCGAAGGAGCUAGAAACAAAGAUGAACAUCCAGAACAUCUCUAUAGUGCUGAGCCCAACCGUCCAGAUCAGCAACCGAGUCCUGUACGUGCUCUUCACACAUGUGCAAGAGCUCUUUGGCACUGUGGUCCUGAAGCAAGUAACAAGACCUCUGCGUUGGUCCAACAUGGCCACAAUGCCCACGCUGCCAGAGACCCAAGCAGGCAUCAAGGAAGAGAUCAGGAGACAGGAGUUCCUUCUGAAUUGUUUACAUCGAGAUCUGCAGGGCGGGAUAAAGGACUUAUCUAAAGAAGAAAGAUUAUGGGAAGUACAGAGGAUUCUGACUGCCCUCAAGAGAAAGCUGAGGGAAGCUAAAAGACAAGAGUGUGAAACCAAGAUUGCACAGGAGAUAGCCAGUCUUUCGAAAGAGGAUGUUUCCAAAGAAGAAAUGAAUGAAAACGAAGAAGUUAUAAAUAUCCUUCUUGCCCAGGAGAAUGAGAUCCUGACUGAGCAGGAGGAACUCCUGGCCAUGGAGCAGUUUUUGCGUCGUCAGAUUGCCUCGGAGAAAGAAGAGAUCGACCGCCUCCGAGCUGAGAUUGCGGAGAUCCAGAGCCGCCAGCAGCACGGCCGCAGUGAGACGGAGGAGUACUCGUCUGACAGCGAGAGUGAGAGCGAGGAUGAGGAGGAGCUGCAGAUCAUUCUGGAAGACCUGCAGAGGCAGAACGAGGAGCUGGAGAUAAAGAACAAUCACUUGAACCAAGCAGUUCAUGAGGAACGGGAGGCCAUCAUUGAGCUUCGAGUGCAGCUCCGGCUGCUCCAGAUGCAGCGAGCCAAGUCUGAGCAGCAGCUACAGGAGGAGGAGGAGCCCGAGAGGCGAGGGGGCACAGGCCCGCCGCCCUGUGACGGUGUCCUCGAGGUGAGAGCGGCCAAGGAGCAGGCAAAGCCGUCACCCAGCAAAGACCGGAAGGAGACCCCCAUCUGAGCUGCUGGCUGGCUGGGCCCUGUGCAUCGUACUGUAAGCGAGAGUCGGCGCCUUCCUGCUGGACAUUCUGUGACUGCUCAGAGAUGCCCCCUCUUGCACACGUCUGGCUCUGUGUCAGGCUCAGGCCCUGGGAGGGUGAAGCAGGGGACAUAUGGGGAGCUUGCAGGGAACACAGGCAUUUCCAGAUAGUGUCAGCUUAUUUGAAAAUUAAUUUUCUUUGUUAAAAAUAACUAUUUUAACCUUUGAGUGGCUUGUUUUUAAACCAAAAAAAAAUUUUUUUUUUGCCUUUUUUUUUAAAUCACAGCAGAAUCAGGAUUUCUUUCUUAUCAAAGGGUAGGAACCAAACCAGGCCGCUUCUGCGCCUGCUUGUGGGCGCUCGUGGUCUCACCAGCUCUGCGGGGCCUCUGGCCACUCUUGCUUGUGCCUUCCACACCUUUUGGUGCAGAUUGUUCCGUGGGGAGCUGCCUCAUAUUCUCUGACUGGCCAAAAAGGCUCUCGCCGGGGUUCCCUGGACCUGCCCUGGACCACUUUGCUUUUCCAGUUCCAAGUCAAGCCUGUCAGUGUGAGUCAGGACAGCCCAGUCCAGUUGCAGACAGGUUCCCACGCAGCCUGCCACCAGCCUGGGCAGUGCAAGCCACUCCUCACUGCCAGGGAUCAGCGAAGGCCUCCUCUCUGAGGUGGUCACCUGACCACCUUGACCCUGAGGCGCUGCUCAGGAUGCUUCUCAAACCAGAGCCCUUUCCAUAGUGACCUUCCAGGAAGCCACAGUGACUUCAGUUGCUAGGAUACAUGGACCUCUGCCGGGAUAAGCCAUGUGGGUGCUCUCACGCAGAGCUUUUGCCUUUGCGUGUCACCUCAAGGGCUGCUUAGGGACUGACAGGGUGGAGCGGAAGGAAGGAAGAAAAGAAAGAAAGCGGUAGCUGUGAUUGACCCCACCUGGUGUUUGCUUCUAACUCUGUGACUGCUCCCCAGUGUCUGGGAGGCCUGCCUUUUAGGCAACCAGAUUUCGGAUGGAUGAGUGGCCCCCACGGAGGUCCCCUGUGGCUCUGAAGACAAAUCCCACACUCUAAAAUGAGCAACAAACCCACAGGAGGGCUCUGGCCUCCUCCUAGUUAGUAUUUAUUUCAGCACCUAUUUUUGUGCGAUUUUUCGUUAGCCUCUACCUAUUGCACUGUUGUGACUUGUUGGCCAUUAUUUGAUUUUUGUACGGAAAAAAAGCUUUGUUAUAGAAAUCAGCAUACUAUUUUUUUAAAUCUGGAGAGAAGAUAUUAUGGUGACUGGAAAUAUGGUCAGGUGUCAAAUAUAAAUGUACAAACGCCUUGCUGCAUCCCGUCAGGUGUACAACAUCCACUUUAUAUUUGCUGGCAAUAUUGAAGAAUUCUUUUUGUUUGUGUAAACUCUAAUUUCUAUCAAGGUAUCAUGGGUUUUUAAAAUUAGUACUUCAUUACAAAUGUCUCAAUGUUGGUUAACUAAUUUUUGCCAGGACCAUUAUUGAUCAAGGAAAUAAAUACAACAGCCAUUUGAGAAAAAAAAAAGGCUUUUUAUUAUACAUUAUUUUCUUUGAAAUAAUUGCAUAGGCAGCAUCUGGUGCAGAGUCAGUGGAAAGUAUGUGGGGUACCUUAUUCCACCUGACUUCCCGCCGUGCUCCCCACAGUGCUCCCUGCUGUGCUGUGCUGUGCUGUGCUGUGCUGUGCUGUGCGCGGCCCUCCUGUAUGCUCUCAGCAAUCCUCUCACCUCACUUGCUGCUGCUGACUGGAAGGGUUUGCUCAGACUGAGUGCAGAUCUUGAACAUGACCGUUUGCAUUGCUGUUGGGAAUGUUUCCCUUCUAGGUCAAGUCUAGACCGGUCUUGGCCCAGUUGUUAGAGUUUUACAGGUUUGCACUGUGUGAACUGAGGACUUAGGGCAGCUAGCGUGCUGGAGAUGCCUGACAAACGUCUGGACUCUCCAGCUUGUAUAGUAACUGUCCUGCAGAAUUUAUGUUGGUUUACGGAAGGUUCCAGAGACCCUGCUGUGACAUUUAGCUUCAGUGAGGGAUCUGGGGAUGGCGUGUGAUGAGGAUGAGCUCCCAGGCAGGGACCCGUGGCUCUCAGGUCCCUCUGCAGUUGACUGUGGACUGAACAGCCCCGGGCCUGAGGUUCCGAGUGUAGAUGGCAGUGUCUGUGUAUGGAGCCAGGAGUGCUGGGGGCACCUGUAGUUCCACCUUAGCAGAAAUGAGAACCCCGCAAGUGUGAUAGUCAGCUGCUCUAGGGGAGUCAGUGAGCUCUGGCUUUAGAGGCCAGCCCUCUCUCAAAAAGGAAAGGACAGUGAUGGGGGCACCAAUAUCAGCUUGCUCAUUGCACACAGCACACCCUGCUGGUGGAUCCGGCCGAAGACUGGGCUUCUGGAGCCUUCCUCCAGGGCCUUUUGCUGAUGUUCAUUCGUCUGGGUGUGAUCUAAGCUUAGUUGGUGCUCUUCAGUGGAGGCACAAACCGGAGACCCAUGAGCUUACCCACUGUGAGCAUCGCCUCUGGGACGUCAGGAGACCCAGGACGUAAGGACCAAGGGGCAGGGUCCUUCAAUUCCCACAUCCAGGCUCCCUCAGUAAGCUGCUGCUGCUGUGUCCAUGCCCCCACUCCCCAACCCCAGCCUGGACACUUGUUCCCUAUAAUCUGGGGUUUUGUCACCAUGCAACUAGUAGACCCAUGAGGGGUUGCUCUAGUUUGACAGAGGAAAGAGGAUUGGCUUCAUUUGCAGUGAGCUGUAGUUAAUUUUUAAAAAAUUUUCACAUCUGCUCAGUACCACGUCCUCUGGUGAUGGCUUCAGCAAGGUGCAGGCUCCUGCCCGUCUUUUGGUGUGUGUGUAUUUCAGGUGAGGGAACCCUUGGUAUCUGGUAGUGCUGGGGUUUGGGCUUCUUGGCUGUGAAAAAUGGCUUUCAGGAAGGCACAGGAAAUCUGUAGCUUGCAUGCCUUUCUUCACCUCUAGUAAGCAAUUUUAUCCUGUAGGGCUUCAUUUCUCAUUGACAAAAAAGAAAAUCCUGAUUUCAAAAAGGUUUAUUAGAUUUAGUGCCUAGGGUAGGGCUUUAAGGUACAGAUAUUUCCUCACCGAGGAUGUGAUGUGCAUCAUGUCAUGAAGUGCCAGGGGACAGUCAAUGCAGUGCCAACAGCUUUUGAUUUUGUGUGCUGUUGUAUGUCUAUCGUAUGUACAGCCGUUGUCUGUCUGUUAUGUAUGUCUAUUGUAGGAAAAUCUGUUAUUGUAUGAAUGGUGCGUGGGGACCAGAGGUGACAUUGGGUGUCUUUUCUCAAUUGUCAUUUUUAGUAUUAAAUGUCUUUUUACAUAGCAAGUAGAAUAUAUAUCUUAUUCUUAUGGGAUCUCAUAUAUAACACACUUUGGUCCUGUCACCUCAGUCCCUCUGUGUGUCUGUCCUUCUUUGUGUAUUUGAGAAGAGACUGCUGUACAGAUGCCCUAGUCCUCUGGCUUGGCCUCUCCUCUCUCCGCCAUCACGUUCUCUGGCCUCCAGUGUACAAGCCUUAUUGCAGAUUGGGUUGAGCACCGUACAGUCCAUCUCUGCAUGUUCACCAGCUGUGGCUUUCUGUAAUCUCUGCCUGCUGCAAAGCGAAACAUCUGCUGAUCUGUGGGUAUGAGGAUGAGUCUAGAAUGACCCUGGUGAGGAAAGUGACUGCAGGUUCUGUGUCCUCAUCAGGCAUAGGUACCCGGCUGAGUUCAGGCAUGAAUUCUCCAUUAAGUGGGCUUUACGUCCAACAAGGCGACUGUUGGUUUCCCAUAGGAUAUAUGAGCCAUUAUUUCGACAUGUUGGUCACUCAUGUAUCAUAGCGGGGAUGGCGCUGAUGAUAGCUUCCCUGUGAGCAGCUUGCACAAGUCCAUCUUGAGAGCUAGUCCCCAGUGAGGGGGCUUCCAGAUUAAAUCCAGAUCAGUUCUUGAAAAUCUGUUGGAAGUGUGUGGUGCCUUCAGCAGGGGGUCUUGUCUUUUUCUCUGGGUGGCGUAAAGAGCAACCACACGGCCUGUACAGUUUGGGGAUACCUUGGACUCCCCAUGGCCAGCACUGGGGUCUUGUCAGAUGUUCUGUGUAUUUUGGAGGAAGUGUCACUCUAACUGGCAAAAGUUCCAUUAAACUACAUAUGAACUUA